UCUUGCCAUUUAAAUAGAAUAAUCACUCAACCUUUUACCUCCAGAGUGAGGGAUUGAGCCAAAAAUAACUAGGGACGUUUUUAAAGCAUUACUAUCGUUAUCUUAAGAAGCUGCCAGAGCGAGAAAAUAAUUUUAAUUACUGCGUUUUCUUCCUAAAUUUCCAGUUUUAGGAAGGAUUAAGAGGUACCGAGCCAAAAUUAGGGACACUCCUUGGAGAUAAACAUAAAAGCAAUGGUUUGUUGACUGUCUAGUGAAAGCCUUAAUGUCUCACUAUUUCGCUUAAUACACAGCUACGUGUCCUAAGCACGAGCCAUACGCAGCAGUCGGAGAUAAAUCAGCGGGCUCUGUUAUCAACUACUUAUGUCUCUUGGCAUGCACGUUGUUUUGUUACAUUUCAAAGGUCAGUAGUUGAGGCAUGUUGCUUCAAAUGAAUUCCUUGAUUAAGGGGUACUGGUAGUCCUUGUCAUAUACAGAGUGCUUCACACCGUACGGCGUGAUGUUGCGGUCCAUCUUUUCCCGAUCCCUUGUUCUUGGUCCACGACUGUAUACCAGGUUAACUGUAUCCCGACACGAAAGUUUUGCUGCGCCUCCAAACCUACGAGUGACACCCCCUAAAAGCCUUGCAGAUGAAAUGGUGCGUAUUCGUGCUUCGGGUCUUGAGCCCCGCGAAGAAGUGACAGUCCAGGCGCUGCUGGUAGAUGAGGCUGGUCGUUUCUUCAGUUCCUGUGCUCAGUACCGGGCUGACAUUCAGGGUAUUAUAGAUCUAGCCACGGACCCUUCCAGAGGAGGUCACUAUACUGGAAUUGAACCUAUGGGGCUCUUUUGGAGUCUCCAUCCAGCUAAGAUGGAAAUCCCUUACCAAAGGCUACAAAAGAAGGAAGUAACAAAGAAUCCUUUCAUUGUGGAACUGACUCUGCAUCAUGGUUACACCGAUGGGGACAGGUUACCCGGGCGGGUUUUGGCUAGGGCCAGGGCUGAAAGAUGGUUUGUUGCUCCAGGAGUCAGAAGGAUUCGAUUAAGAGAAGGCAGGGUACGGGGAAGCCUGUUUUUACCUCCAGGAGAUGGCCCAUUCCCAGGUGUUAUCGACCUGUUUGGUGAUGGAGGUCUUCUAGAAUACAGAGCUAGCUUGCUUGCGAGUCGAGGAUUUGCGAGUCUUGCCCUGCCUUAUUUUGGCUUUGAGGACCUGCCACAGAUUAUGACUGAUUUCCAUCUUGAAUAUUUUGAGGAAGCGGCUAUAUUUCUGCAGCACCAUCCUAAGGUGAAGGGCCCUGGAAUUGGAGUUUUAGGAACAGCAAAAGGAGCAGAUCUAGCUCUGUCCAUGGUCACAUUCUUACCUCAAGUGGUGGCUGCAGUCAGUAUCUCAGGGUGCAUUGCCAAUACCACAGCAGAUUUGCACUACAAGGACAUGACAAUACCUGGCAUGCGCCACAACAUGGAUAGAGUAAUCAUAUCAGAAACUGGAAUUUUUGACGUGUCAGAGACACUUGGUAAUCCAUCGGACUGGGACAGUGAGGAGAGCAUUAUCCCAAUUGAGGAGGCAGAAGGCCACUUCCUGUUUGUAGUAGGGGAAGGAGAUCGCUACUGGAAAAGUGAUUUAUUUGCUGAGGCUGCUGUUAAGCGCCUUACAAAAUAUGGUAAAUCAAAUUUUGAGUACCUCUCGUAUCCUGGAGCCGGACACAGAAUUGAUCCACCUUGGUCCCCAUUUUGCUUUGUUGCUCUAGAUCAGACUUUGGGUGUUCCACUUUUGGAGGGCGGUGAGGCUAGAGCUCAUGCUCAUGCACAGGUGGAUGUAUGGGCCAAAAUUCAAGAUUUCCUGCGCUUCCAUUUGAAAUGAUAACGAAAAGAUGGCUUUUGAUAGGCAUGCCCCUACAUGCAUUAGCCUUUGCAGUUCCCUCUGGCUUGGGUCCAAGUUUGGCUGCUCCACCCAUUGAGAGGGAUUGGAUGAAAAUGUCCAUUGCUGAAGAAUUAUUGCGUCAGCCACAUUUCCUGGUGGUAUCUUGCCUACACAGUUGAAUUUUGUCCUUUAAAGCAAAAUCCAAGGGAAAUUAUAUUUUAAGCCUGUUCUUAUCUUUUACUCCUUUUGACAGCAGUGAAUAUUUCUUUAUGGCUUGUCCAUAGUUAAAGGCUAGUGUAACCACAGCAGACAAAUUACUCUACUUACUGUGUGUGUGUAUUCUGUUGGUAGCUGACCGGACUUUUACCUGUAUGCUCACACAUUACAAACUAGUGCAGUACAACACAUUAUUUUCUACAAGCAAAUACUAGGUAAUGCUUAUCUGUUGAUAACCUUAGAAAGACGGUGAUCAGGUGACAAAUUAAAUUUUCUAAUCCAUUUUCUUAAAAAAUGCAUUUUAUAAUUGAAUAUAUAUGCUGUUAGAAAUUAGAGCAAAAUAAACAUAGUUUAAUGGGGAAAAUUCUAAAGGGGGAGACUUAUGUCCCAUCCCUGUCCCCAAGUAAGUUGGUCUUCCAUUUCUUAUUACAGAACAUUUCCUCAAAAAAUUGAGGUAUGGAUGCCGAGGUGUGUCACCAAGUCAGCAAAGGCUUUUAUAAGUUCCAGCAUAUGAUUUUUAUUAAGCACUGCAGUUGUUUUUUUAGAAGGGCAAAAGAGAUGAUGAGCUAUAAAAAUCCUGCUCUUCAGAUUUUAGCUUUGCCUGUGUCCAGUUGCCUAUAAUUGUGGGUUAGGUAGGAAGCUUCUCCUGUUGCCUGCUACAAUGUUUUAUCAUGAUACAAAUAACUAUGUAUUGAUGCUCUUUUCCAGUGCUGGCACAGGGACGUGUGUGUGUGUUGGAAGAGGUGAAAAUGAACCCUGUCUGCUCAUGUUUUAUGAAUUUUUAGUACAUGGUUUUGCAGCCAGCCUCUCUUCUUACCUUCCUUCAUCCAAGUUCUGCAUCUCAUACAGCUUGUUUAACAUCACUCUGCCUUCCAGUGCGAGUCAUUUGGCAUUAGACACUGUUUAUGUUGAUGGUCUUAAUGUAUCAUUAAGAUGCAAGGGUAGGAAGUCAUGUAGCACUAGGUCAAGGUGUCCAAGAGUUACAGAUCUGAGUAUGAACCCCAUUAAAUCUCAUUUGUAUACUGUGCAGCCUAGUGUAAGUCACUCCCCUUUCGUCUCUUCCUCUUAAAGGGAGGGUGAACAUUCCAUUUAGACUAGGUGCAUACUAUAAAAGUAAAUAAAUGGAUUGUUCACAUUUUAAAGAAAUUU